AGAGAGACCUGGUUUCUCUAACACUAAUCUUGUCCUCGCAAUACACUCGCUCUAUGAGAGCAAUUAGAUUCAGCACCGUUUCCAGUGCCUCUGCAAUGACUCAUUGAAACAUCUUCUGUGCUGAUAAAGCCGCAUCUCUUUCCUCCCCCCCCCCUCACACACACACAUACACACACACACAUACACGCACACACACACAUACACAUGCACACAAACAGAGGACGUAUAGCCGGGCUGCCGUCAGUGCAUCGGGACUGCACUUCUGACUUUGGAUUUGCUGAGCAGGAGGCUGGACGUGGACUUAAUUGUGUUUUUUUUUUCCUUAUGUGGAGGAGCCUGAAGUCGGGACUUACAUAAAAGAGUGAGACGGUGGAGAUCCAGGCUGAGGAUAUCCUAACAAGCUGGAGCCCAGGUAACCAAAGCGCAUCCAAGGCUCUCUCCUGUUCAGGACAGAGGAGUUAUACAUCAGCCACCAAUCUCCAUGCAGGCUCUCAGGAUGGGGAGCUCUGAGAAAGCUGCUUUGUUUGGCUGGGGCUACUUUGCUCAGCUCGCAGCCUGAGGAGGAGUAGGAAACAUCUCGGUGGAGGGGCAGGGGGUGGGCACCGAGGACCCGAGGGUGGACCAUAACCACGACCUGCCAGGCUCAGGCUCAGCACAGCAGGAGCAUGUCAUCGCUGGGAGGCCCUUCAUGGAUGUGUCGCUCCACGGCCAAGGCCAACCUUCUGCUGUGGAUGGGGCUGGCGUCCAUCUGUGUGGCUGCCAUUCAGGCCCAGCAGCACCCUGUGGUCACCACCAAUUACGGAAAAUUGCGGGGAGUGAAGGUUACAUUACCGAAUGAGAUCCUGGGACCAGUGGAACAGUAUUUGGGAAUCCCUUAUGCGCUGGCCCCAACGGGGGAGCGAAGAUUCCAGCCGCCAGAGCCGCCGAUGUCCUGGCCGGGCAUCAGGAAUGCUACUCAGUUUGCUCCGGUUUGUCCUCAGUUCUUAGAGGACCGCUUUUUGCUCAAUGAUAUGCUCCCUGUGUGGUUCACCGCCAACUUGGAUACAGUGGUAACUUAUGUGCAGGAGCAGAGCGAGGACUGCCUUUACCUGAACAUCUACGUCCCCACAGAGGAUGAUAUCCAUGAUGAGAACGGGUUAAAGCCAGUCAUGGUUUACAUCCACGGAGGCUCCUACAUGGAGGGAACCGGCAACAUGAUUGACGGCAGCAUCCUGGCCAGCUACGGGAAUGUCAUCGUCAUCACAAUCAACUACCGGCUCGGUGUUCUGGGGUUUCUAAGCACAGGAGACCAGGCAGCCAAGGGCAACUACGGCCUGUUGGAUCAAAUUCAGGCUCUCAGGUGGAUCAAAGAAAACAUCCAGGCCUUCAAAGGAGAUCCGAAGAGAGUGACCAUUUUUGGCUCUGGCGCCGGAGCAUCGUGCGUCAGCCUGCUCACCCUCUCGCAUUACUCAGAAGAUCUGUUCCAGAAAGCUAUCAUCCAGAGUGGCACGGCCCUGUCCAGCUGGGCGGUCAACUACCAGCCUGCCAAGUACACGCGAGCCCUGGCUGAGAAGGUGGGCUGCAACAUGCUGGACACCAUCGACCUGGUGGAGUGCCUGCAGAACAAGAACUACAAGGAGCUUAUCGAGCAGUACAUCACACCUGCGAAGUACCACAUCGCCUUCGGGCCUGUGAUCGAUGGCGACGUCAUCCCAGAUGACCCCCAGAUCCUGAUGGAGCAAGGGGAGUUCCUCAACUAUGACAUCAUGCUGGGGGUCAAUCAGGGCGAGGGGUUUAAGUUCGUAGAUGGCAUCGUUGACAGUGAGGACGGGGUGUCCGCCAAUGACUUUGACUUUGCUGUGUCGGACUUCGUGGACCAUCUCUAUGGCUACCCUGAGGGCAAGGACACUCUCCGCGAGACCAUCAAAUUCAUGUACACAGACUGGGCGGACAAGGAGAACCCAGAGACCCGGCGCAAGACCCUCGUGGCUCUGUUCACUGACCACCAGUGGGUGGCACCAGCAGUGGCUACAGCUGACCUCCACGCCCAGUAUGGCUCACCCACCUACUUCUACGCUUUCUACCACCACUGUCAGAGCGACAUGAAGCCCAGCUGGGCUGACUCGGCCCACGGUGAUGAAGUACCAUAUGUGUUUGGAAUCCCAAUGAUCGGCCCAACGGAUCUCUUCAACUGCAACUUCUCCAAGAACGAUGUGAUGCUGAGUGCUGUGGUCAUGACCUACUGGACUAACUUUGCCAAAACAGGGGAUCCAAACCAGCCGGUUCCACAGGAUACAAAGUUCAUCCACACAAAACCCAACCGUUUUGAGGAGGUCGCCUGGACCAAGUACAACCCCAAAGACCAGCUCUACCUGCACAUCGGCCUCAAACCGCGAGUCCGAGACCACUACCGUGCUACCAAGGUGGCUUUCUGGUUAGAGCUGGUUCCACACCUCCAUAACAUCAAUGAAUUCUUUCAAUACGUAUCCACCACCACCAAAAUACCUCCGCAGGACACCACCCCUUACCCUUACACCAAACGAUUCCCUGGUAAAAACAACUGGCCAUCCACCACCCGCCAUCCAGGGGUGCCACCCGCCAACACCAAGCAGACCACCGACCAACGCAAGAGCGGCGACCUGACCGACGAGUCGACCGUCGUGAUCGAGACCAAGAGGGACUACUCCACCGAGCUCAGCGUCACCAUCGCAGUCGGAGCCUCCCUGCUCUUUCUGAACAUCCUCGCCUUCGCCGCGCUCUACUACAAAAAAGACAAGCGGCGGCACGAGUCCAACCGGCGCGUCCCCACGCCGCAGCGAAACUCCGCCCCGACCAACACGCCCUCCACCGCCAAUGACGUGGCCCACCUGCAGAGCGAGGAGCUCAUGUCUUUGCAGAUGAAGCAGCAGCAGCUGGAGCACGAGCACCACCACGAGUGCGAGUCCAUGCAGACCCACGACACGCUGCGCCUCACUUGCCCGCCCGACUACACCCUCACCCUGCGCCGCUCGCCCGACGACAUACCCCUGAUGACGCCCAGCACCAUCACCAUGAUCCCCAACUCACUGGCUGGCAUGCAGCCUCUGCACAACUUCAAUACUUUUGGUGGCAGCCAGAACAGUACCAACUUACCCCACGGUCACUCCACCACACGGGUAUAGGAGACAGGAUGGCGCUGGAUUUCCUCUGGAUCAGCCACUGACCUCGCAAGGCAAAUACGAGUGACUGACUGUGUGAAGCACAGACUCAGUAGAUGCUAUUUUGCUACCACGCCUUCUUGAAAAGCAUAUACAGUAUAAAUUGAUCAUGAACCAGUGAAAAUAUUCAAAGUGAAUGUUACUAUAGUAAUAACUCUACUCGGAGCUAAGCUUCACAGAGGGUUUUCGAAGAGUUUUACCAAAAGAAAAGGCAACCAGGGGAUGACUAUUAAUAUUCUUACAAUAAAAAAUGAAGUGACAGAGAAGCUUUUGCAGAGGCUUUUGUGCCAUGAAUACAGGAAGACAGUGGCAACCCUUGUUGAAAAGCAACAACUGAACGUCUGAAACAUCUUUUCAUGAUCCUUCAUGCAUCAGACACCUGACUUGGGCACAGAAUUCUACACCCCAGCCUGAAAUGUAUUUAUGAAAACUUUGUUAAAAAAACAAAAAGGAAAGAAAAAAGGUAUAUAGUUGUGCGUGGAAUUAAAAAAUCGAAAAAAAGAAAAAAUAUAUUAAGAGCUCCUUCUAUUAUUUGAUUUUUUUUGGCUGAGAUCUUUUGUUUUUUUUCUUGUGCUUUCUGUUUAGGUGCGUGUAAAUAUAUUCAGACAUUCUUCAUUCUUCUUCUGAUCAUCUUGUGUUUCAUUAUUCUUUUUCCACAGAACGACCAAAAUGCGAACACAAUCCCAUCUUUUGAGAGUUGCACACUGUGCGUCUGCAGGUCAUCACAUACAGUGCUGUCUCGUGCGUUGCUUUGUUUCCACUCUUUAGACACUGCAUGUCCAAAAAACAGCUUUACUCUCCAUUUUCAGACACGUCUUCUGUCUGAGAAUGAGGACUGACUGGAUCCCAUCACCUGCUGUCAUCCUGUUAUGCUUCCAAUAGUUUUCUUUGUGGGCUUUUUCUGUCUUGCAAUCUCAGCACUGCCUGAGCUUACAAUGUGACCAGCAAUGUAUUAUUUAGAAAUAAAAAAAAAAGGCAGUGCAAUUUUUUGUAUCAAUAUUAGUUGGAUAUGUUUGUAAAGAAAUAUAUGUUAGAUAUUUCAAAUUGUCAUAUGCUAGCAAUAUGUAAAGUAUUGUGCCAGGCUUGUGAUAUUUUGGGUUACAAAAGCAAGUGAAUGAGUGUAAAUAUUAAUGAUAUUAAUUAUUAUAAAAUUACAACAAAAGUAACCAUUAACUCUCUUUCCGUUUUGCAUCCUAUUACAAAAAAAAUGGAAGUACAUCCUGAAGAUUUUAAGCUACAUUUGUAAAUUCUAUAAAAGAUAUAUUCUUGCCAUUUGGUCCCUAAACCAGUCAAGAUAACAAGGGUUUUAAUGUAGAGUUUUAAAAUCCUUAGUUUGUCUUAUUUUUGUUUGCGGUUUUGCCUUAAGUGAUAAUAGAGAUAUUUCUGGCUGGACACCUGUAUAAACUUUUUCUGCAACAUU